AUGAAGCCCCAGCUCACCAUGGUGUGCUGUUUCGUGUGUUUUCUGGCCACAGAGUGUUUCUACCACAGACCCAAGAUUCACAUAAAUAAUGGACUGAAGUUUCAAGUCCUUGAAGAAAAACCCAAGGCUGGAUGGAUCCAAGAGAAAUGCCACGGAUCUUGUGUCUCUUCCUCUAACUGUACCCAGCCCUGUGCUAAGCACUUUCGAGGAGAAAUAGGAUUCAUAUGUAAUCAAAAAAAGUGGCAAAAAUCAACUGAAACAUGUACAAGCCUUUCUGUGGAUGCACUUUUCAAGGACGUGAAUGAUGCAUCCAGCCUUUCCUUAGCAGCUUCCUCCUUCCCUCUGAUUAUGCCCAACUUCCCGGCGCCAGACCCCAUUGCGGAUGUGGCUCAAGGAAUCCGCCUGCACUGUCCCCUGGACUAUGCCUGCAUACUAGAUGCGGUGAAGUCCUCAGAGGUGACUUCGGGGAAUAUUGCAUUUAUAGUGCAGUUACUAAAGAAUAUCUCAGCAGAGUUGUCUGAUGCUGUGACCCAGGAGAAAAUGAAGAGUUAUAGCGAAGUGGCCAACCACAUCCUUAACACCACAGCCAUUUCCAACUGGGCUUUCAUUCGAGACCCAAAUGCCAGCUCAGAUUUUUUGGAGUCAGUGAACUCAUUUGCCAGGAAACUCCAUAUCCAAGGUGACUCUGAGAACACUGUGAAGGAGCUCUUCAUUGAGACCAAAGGCUCUCACAUCUAUCACAACGCCUCCGAGAAGAGCUUCCGUUUUUCCAUGAGCAGGAGUAAUGCCACACAUGGCAUUCUGGGACUGGUGGAAAUCCCCAGACAAGAGCUACAGAAGUUGUCCCCAAGUGCAUCCCAAGCCAUUGGCAUAGCCUUUCCGACCCUAGGGGCUGUGCUGAGAGAGGCCCACUGGUCGAAUCUGAGUCUUUCUAAACCCAUAAACGGACUGAUCCUCUCAGUGGUUUUGCCAGAAAGCCUGAACGAAGUCAUACUCACCUUCGAAAAAAUCAAUAAAUCCCAGAACGCCAACGCCCAGUGUGUUGGCUGGCACUCCAAGCAAAGAAGGUGGGACGUGCAUGCGUGUAAAAUGACAUCGGACGCUGGAGGCAUGGUGAGGUGCCACUGCAAUCGUUCCAACGCAGUGAUGUCCUUCUCCAUCCUCAUGUCCCCCAGAUCCAUGAGGGACGCAGUCCUGAGCUACAUCACUUGCAUCGGGCUCAGCGUCUCCAUUCUCAGUUUGCUCAUUUGCCUGAUCAUUGAAGCCACAGUCUGGUCCCGAGUGGUGGUGACGGAGAUAUCCUACAUGCGACACGUGUGCAUCGUGAACAUAGCCGUGUCCCUCCUGAUGGCAAACGUGUGGUUCAUUAUAGGCUGGGACAAUGACAUCAGGGCUCAGGGCCACUGGUGCGUCGCCGUGACAUUCUUCAGUCACGUCUUCUACCUCUCCCUUUUCUUCUGGAUGCUCUUCAAGGCAUUGCUCAUCAUCUAUGGGAUCCUGGUCGUUUUUGGCAGGAUGCUGAAGUCUCAUAUGAUGGCCAUUGGGUUCAUCGUCGGCUAUGGGUGCCCACUGGCGAUCGCCAUCACCACCGUCGCUGUCACGGAGCCCGAGAAGGGUUAUGUAAGGACUGACGCCUGCUGGCUCAACUGGGGCAAAACCAGAGCUCUUUUCGCAUUUGUGAUCCCGGCCUUGGUCGUCGUGGCUGUGAAUCUCCUUGUAGUCCUGGCGGUUGCUUUCAACACGCAGAGACCCUCUAUUGGCAGUUCCAAGUCUCAGGAGAUGGCCAUAGUCAUCAGGAUGAGCAAAAAUGUAGCCAUCCUCACUCCGCUGCUGGGCCUGACCUGGGGCUUUGGAGUAGCCACCCUUAUAGAAGACUCACCCCUGGUAGUCCACAUCAUUUUCGCCUCGCUCAACGCCUUCCAGGGCUUUUUCAUCUUGCUGUUUGGAACCAUUAUGGACCACAAGACAAGGGAUGCUCUGAGGGCGAGGAUGUCUUCACUGAAGGGGAAAUCCAGAGCAGUAGAGAAUGCAUCAUUAAGUCCAACCAAUGGAUCUAGAUUAAUGAAUCGUUGA